AUGGCGAGCUUCAUAGCCAUAUUUUGCGGCGUGAUAGCAAGCGCUAUUGCCUAUCGCCUGCUACGAAUCUAUCAAUACAAUAACCUUGCACGUAGAAAUGGAUGUGCUUCUCCAAAACAGUACCCUCACAAAGACCCAGUCUUCGGUUUUGAUCUGUUUCUCCAGGCAGGAAAGAUGUUCUCCGAGCAUACUUUCCUGCCAGUAUUUUUCCAGCGAUAUAAAGAGAAUGGACGUACCUUUGAAACUAAAACACUUGGGGCGCCUACCAUCUGUUCUUGCGACCCGGACAACCUCCAAAGUGUUUUUGCAUCGAAUGCACGCAAUUGGGGUGUAUCUUACCGAUUGCCGGCUUUGAAUGCGUAUUGUGGUAAAGGCUUCUUGACGACCGAUGGGCCAGAGUGGGAACGUUCGAGGCAGUUGUUCAGCAGCAGUUUCUCGCGGGCAAACAUCAAAGACCAUACAACAUAUGAGCACUAUUUACAAUUGAUGUUGAAGCAGAUUCCCAGAGACGAAACUACUACAGAUUUGCAGCAAUUGAUUUUCAGUCUCUACCUGGAUACUGCAACGCUCUUUCUGUUUGGCGAAUCUUUCGAAUCCUUAGCACGCGGAUUACAAGGAGACGCGCAAGAGUUUAUCGAUUCGUUUGGCUAUUCUCUUGGAGGUGGUGGACUGCGCAUGGCAUUGGGUCCUUUGAAAUUCUUGCACCGCGAUGCAAAAUGGCACAAAUCAAACGCGCAGAACCACGCUUUUAUCGAAAAAUACGUCGAUAGUGCUUUGGAACGCAAGGCUAACGGGCAGCUUAAAACCAGCAACAGCUCGAAGCGGCCAGUGCUCCUCGAUCUUAUGGCAGAGAACAUGGACGAUAGAGUUCAGUUACGCAAUGAAGCUACGCAAGCUUUUGUGGCGGCUCAUGAGACUACAGCAUGUCUAAUUAGCAAUAUUGUAUAUCUGCUGGCUCGAAAUCCAGAUAUUCAAGCGAAAGUACGGGAAGAGGCCAAGUCCACUGGGAGCACGCCUUUGGACUUUGAUGCUGCUAUGAAAAUGAAGUAUCUACAAAAUGUAAUUAAUGAAGCUCUCCGCCUCUACCCGGUAUUUCCUUACCAUAUCCGCGAAGCUUUUUCCGACUGCAUCCUUCCAACUGGCGGUGGCAGCGAUGGAAAAUCUCCAAUAUACAUUCAAGCAGGAACGCUUUUUGAUGCGAACUUUGCGGUGUUACAUAGAAGCCCCGAAAUAUGGGGGUCAGACGCCGACCAAUUCAAGCCUGAACGUUGGAACACUUUCAAGCCCAAAGCAUGGGAAUAUGCCCCAUUUGGAGGAGGUCCAAGAUCAUGUGUUGGCAAGCAAAAAGCGCUAAUGGAAACUUCUUACUUUGUAGCGAGACUAUUACAAGAAUUCGACAAUAUAGAAUCAAGGGACGAGAGGGAAUGGGUGGGCCAGAUGCAGAUUACAGCGAAGAACCUCCAUGGUUGCAAGGUCAAACUGACGCCUGCAGUUGAGUGA